CGUUUCCAGCAGCCGUUUUCUUCCGCCCCCUUGUUGAACCCUAGAUUCUCUACCUUCUCUGUCGCGGCGAUCCGAAACGGCUAAAGUUCCUAUUUUUACCCAUAUUCGUUUCGGAGAUAUCAAUCUGGAUUUGUAAAAAAGUGUUUUUUAGAUCAGAAUGGAGGUCAUAAGCGCCUAAUGGUGGAUAAGAUGAGGGAACUGUUGUAAAGUGUUUGAAGAUGACACUGGAGACACCAAUGAGCGGGAACUUUGAUGAUGAUUUCGACAGGGAUAUUGACGCUUUGAUACAAGAGCAGCAGAACAAUAGAGCUGCUGCCUUUGAUUUGGACCUGGAUGAGCUGAAUAUUCUCCGUUCCGGAAGUGCACCGCCGACGGUUGAUGAUUCAAGAACAGCCGUUUGGAGCUUGUUUGGGCACGAUGGCUUCGGGGACGGGACCAGCCACUUAAGGGUCCAGGAGUCUGGAGGCUUUCUGUCUGAGGAGGAUUUGAGAUCGCAUCCGGACUAUUUAUCAUACUAUUUCUCCAAUGAGAAUCACAAUCCAAGGAUGCCGCCUCCAGCGAUAUCGAAAGAGGACUGGCGUGUCCAACAAAGAUUUCAUCCGAGGGGCUCUUCAUUUGGAGGGAUUGGUGAUAGGAUAGGGAGAAAUGAAUACAUAAAAAAUGACGGCCAAAGCAGCUCCCUUUUCUCUGUUCAUCCAAGCCUAGAGAUGCCAGAUUUGCAAAAGCUGCCAGGGGAAUUGCUUGAGCAGAAUAGCAAUGAAUUUAUCAGGAUGCCAGAUGUUGGUUUAGGCACGAGGAGAAAAAGUUUUGCUGAUGUCCUGCAGGAGGACCUUGUCCAUCCAGCUAUCACUGGAAAUUUUUCACGCCCAGCUAGUCGUAAUCAUUAUGAUAAUAUUGAUUCGUUAAGGGCUUCAGAACCAUCAAUGAUUCAGCUUCAGAAUGACUUGAAUGGUUUAAAGGAAAUGCAAUCUGGAUCAACCUCCUCUAGUCUUACUAGGAUCCGAAGCCUAGGCUCCUCAAUCAAUCAAUCUUUAGUAUCUGCACUGGGUUCUUCUCUUUCUAGAAGUACAACCCCUGAUCCUCAAUUAAUACGAAGAUCACCAAGCCCUUGCCUCCCGCCAGUGGGAACAAAAACUAGUAAUAGCAAUAGACCCAAUGUCUUAGGUGGUGUUUCUUCUCAUACAUCUGGUAUCAAUAUUGAAACUGCUUUUGCUGAAUUGAACUUGUCUAGAAUGAUACCAAAAGAGGAAGAGAGUGAUGUGCAAUAUCUGAUUAACAAGGAGACUGUUAGACAAUCUGGAUUGCUUUAUGAUGACCCUGGUAUUAAUAGGCAAUUUCUGCAUCAAAACAUCAGUGAGAAGUCUCAGUCGGCAUUAUUAGAAAAAGCUCUUGAUGAUGUCAGGUACUUUGAUGCCUCUGAGAAAGCUGGUAGAUUAACAGACGUUGAAUUAGCUAGAUUAACUUCUAAUGGGCAAACAUACUUCCCAAAGCAACCAUCUUAUAAGAAAGUACAAUCUGCUAGUUCAACAGUUUCUAAAAGUGCACGUCUAAAUGCUGAUGUGCCUAAUACUGACUACAACCGAUUGAAUUCAAAAGGUUAUACUGGGAGCUAUGGUGCGCAAAUGAUGUUAAACAAUCAGUUUGGUUCUGAUAUGCAAUACAAUUCAUCUACAGGUUCCAUGUUCAAACAAUAUGUACAUGGUGCUUCUGAUUCACAUGUAUAUCCUCCAGGAAGUUUGGAUCCUUAUUUAGGACAAAAUUAUCUUAAUAUCCACCAAAUGGAUUUACCUGAAUAUCCACAUCCAUACCUGGAAGCAUUGCUUGCACAGCAGAAUUUACAGUAUGGCAUGCACCUCAAAUCAGAUAGCUUGAAUUAG